AUGGUGGGAAGUCAGAAUGACCGGCCGAAAGAGAGCUCGUCCACGUCUGAUGGCCGCGUCAUCCUCCACGUGGAUCUGGACUGCUUCUAUGCCGCGGUGGAGGCUGUGCGGCUUGGUAUACCCAGGGACACGCCGCUUGCCGUGCAGCAGUGGGAGGGUUUGAUCGCUGUGAACUAUGCGGCGAGGGCAAGGGGCGUGCAGAGGCACGACCGCGUGUUUCAAGCCAAGCAAAAGUGUCCGGAGCUGCAGCUGAUACAUGUGGAGACGGUGGGGGGGGCGCCAGGAGCAGGGCGCAAUGCCGGCAAGGUCUCAUUGGAGCGCUACCGGGCCGCCUCUCAGCGCGUGUUCUCUGCCUUCCGCCGCGUGUGCCCCAUUGUGGAGCGCGCGAGCAUUGACGAGGCAUACAUGGAUGUGUCUGCUAUGGUGGAUGCCAUGCUCUCACGCCCACCUGCUGCAGUCCCGCCUGCACCAGAUGAGGCCUGCCCAGCCACAGGUGCCACCUUCCCUGCUGCUACUGCUGCCUGGGAGGAGCAAUGGAAAGCUCUGUUGGAGAGUGUGACUGAGGUGAAGGCAGGGGGUGCGACUGAGGUGAAGGAAGGGAGUGUGACUGAGGCGAAGGCAGGGGAUGGGACUGAGGUGAAGGAAGGGAGUGUGACUGAGGCGAAGGCAGGGGGUGGGACUGAGGUGAAGGAAGGGAGUGUUACUGAGGCGAAGGCAGGGGGUGGGAUUGAGGUGAAGGAAAAGAGUGAGACUACAGCGAAGGCAGGGAGUGUGACUGACGAGAAGGCAGAGGGUGCAACUGAAGCAAAGGCUGAGGAAACUGAUGGAGGGUGUAAUGCGGAUGGAACAGAGAAGAACGUUUCAGAAGAGGGAGGAGAGGGGAAGGAUGGGGUGCAGCAGCCGCAGCAAAAGCGAGUGGGGGAGAGGAAGGCAGAGCAUGGAGGGCCAGAAGGUGAUGGAUCAGAAGGUGGUGGAUCAGAGGGCAGUGGAUCAGCACAGGCACCAGCGGUUCCCAAGGCACGGCUGGUGGUGCGGGAGGGACCUCUGGAUGGUCACGACGAAGUGGAGAGGAGGCUGCAGGCAGGAGUGGUGGUAGCCCACCGUCUGCAGCAGGAGGUGCUGGGCUCGCUGGGCUACACGGUGAGUGUGGGAGUGGCGCGCUGCAAGCUGCUCGCCAAGAUGGCCUCCGCCAUGACCAAGCCGUUUGGGAUCACUGUGCAUUGCGAUGAGUGCCUGGCAGGGGGGCAUGUCAUCAUGUCGACUCACAAGUCGCUCGCCAAGACGGCCUCUGCCAUGACCAAGCCGUUGGGGAUCACCGCGGUGCCACCUCGUGCCGUCCCUGCCCUGAUGGAGGACGUUCCGCUCAAGAAGAUCCGCAAUCUGGGCGGCAAACUGGGGCAGGCAAUGGGGUGUGCAACCGCAGGCCAGGCACAGGUGCUGGAGCUCCCAGACCUCAUAGCCAGGUUCGGGGAAAGGCUUGGGAACUACGUUUGGAGGGCUUCGCUGGAUGGCCAUCCUGGCUCAGGAGCUGUCCUUCCUAUGAUCUACCUCACCCACUUUACUUCCCCCCGUCUCCGUUCUGGUUCCUCCCCCUUCUCCUCCACCGCUUUCCCUCCCUGUGACAGUCGCUGGAUUACCAUCCUAGCGCAGGAGCUCUCUCUUCGCAUGCUCAAGGACGCAAAGGACAACAAACGCCGCCCGCGCUCCCUGCACCUGCACUAUAGGGGCGGCAGUGACGGUGGCGGCGGCAGUGGUGGGUGGGGAGGAGGGGGAGGAGGGGAGAAGUCAAGGUCAUGUGGCAUGCCUCGAGACAUAGAGAGGGUGAUUGAGGGGUUUGUGGACCGAUGGUGCAGGGAAGGGGGGAAGGCGGAGGGAGAGGUGAGGCAGGAUGUGAAGGAGGAGGGGACGGAGGAGGGGAGAGAGGAGGAAAGGGAGGAGGGGGAGAUUGGAGGGAGAGGAGAGAUAGUGGAGAGGGCUGAGGAGGGGAAGAUUGGAGGGAGAGAAGAGGGAGUGGCGAGGGCUGAGGAGGGGAAGAUUGGUGGGAGAGAAGAGGGAGUGGCGAGGGCUGAGGAGGGGAGAGAGGAACUUGGCGAAGAGGCAGAGGGCGGGGACGCUCCCUCAAGGGAGGGAAGGGCGAGAGGAGAGACGGGAGUGGAAGGCGAGCAGGGUAUGGGUGUGGGUAUAGGAGAGGACGCUGUAGGGGAGGGGUGGAUGGAGGAGGAGAGACAGAAGCUGCAGGCGCUGCUGUGUGCUGCGGGCCUCACUCUGCUGGCAGGGGGGUCCAGUCAACCCAGUCAACCUGGUCAACCAAGUCAACAGGGUCAGCAGCAGGGCCAACAUCUGCAUGCUCAGCCCAGUGAGCAGCAGCAAGGCACGGAGGCCAACAAUCCCUCCACCAAUCUAUCAACGCGCCAGUCCAGCAGUCACCCUCUCCCCGCCCACUUCCCCAGGCCCCUCUCGUGGGCGUGGGCGCCCUGCUCUCGCCUGGCCCUGUCAGCCUCGGGAUUCGAGCAGCUGAGAGUGAAGGUGGGUUGGAGAAGCACUGCAAGCAUAGCAGCAGCUGAUGCGUCAGGCCAUGGUGUGCCCGUUGCACGCGGCCCAGCACAUGGCACAGCAGCACUUCGUGACUCGUCGUCCCCUUUGCUGAGAGCUUUCAGUCGAGGCUCUGCUUUAAGAAGUGAGGCCCAUAGCCAGGGAGAGGAGGUGGGGCAAGGAGAGGCGGACAGGCAAGGAGAAGCAAACAGGCAAGGAGGGGCGGAGAAACAAGGAGAUGUGGAACGAGAGCUGGUGGAAGAGGGCGGAUGGGAGGUCAAGGAGAGGGCGGACAUGGGUGGGGUAGGGGUGAUGAAACGAGGAGGGGAAGAAGGGGAGCGAAGUGAGGGAGAGGAGGGUUUUGAAGGAGUGGGGCGGCGUGAGAGUAAGAAAUUAAGAAUAGAAGAGCAAGGCAAGGCUUGUAGUGAAGAGGAGAAGGGAACAGAGGAGCGGGGCUCUGAAAAGCGGGGGAUUGGGGAGCAAGGGACAGGGGAACGGACAGAUUCAAGAAGGAAAUUAGUGGGCCGGGGAAGAGGAGGGAGAAGAGUGAGGUACAGCAGAGGACGGCUGGGUUCACACAGCAAGAGGGGUGCUGUUGAAGGGGCUCUAGUGAGAAUGCUGGGUCAGAGGCGAGUGAGGAAUGAGCACACAAGCAUGGAAGAUUUGGAUUUGGGUGACAGCCUGUCUCGAAAGGCGAAUAGUAUGAGUGGAGAAGGGGGAGUGGUGGGAGGCGGCGUGGAUGCGGUGGGAGGGGGUCUUGCUCGCCCAGCAGUAGAUGAUGGUGAGGCAAGGGAUUUACGGGCGAGAGGAGGAGGACAAACGCCAGGUGCACUGGGAGGGGUGCAGAGUGAUGCUGACGAGGCGGAGGAAGGGGCAGAGAAGGAGGUGAGGAGUGAGGGUGGGGAACAUGGAGAUGCGUCAGUGCAAAAGAGGAGGAGAGUUGGUGCCACCGCUGGACAGGAAUCAAGGGCUUUCUCGACAAUGCGAGUCACUGGCGAGCGUGGUAUCACAGGCGAUGGUGGUGCCACAGGCGUUGGUGGUGCCACAGGCGAUGGUGGUCGGGUCAGUUUGAAGAGGGGGCGUGUGGGGGGUGAGAGGGACGGGAGUGGUGUGAGGGAGGAUGACUUGGAAGCAGAGAGGUUAGGGAGGGGCAGUGCUGUACAGGGAGAUGUGGUUGCAAUGACGGAGGGAGAGGUGGGGGAAGAGAGGGACGAGGGCAGAGGAGAGGGUACGGUGGAGAUAGAGAGGGAGGUCGGCAGGGGAGAAAGGGAGAGAGGCGAGGGGGCAGGUGUUGCGGCUGGAGAUGGUGCAGUGCGGCACUGUGAGAGAGAUGAUGGGGGCGUGGGAGUGUGUGCGAGGGUGGGUGAUGGGAAGAGGGGGGAUGAUGGGGUGGUUGGAGUGGGAGAAUUGGACGAGUGGGAUGAAGGGGUGAAGCACGAUAAUGUUGCUCGGGUACAAGGCGUUAAUAGGGGUGGGGAUGAUGGGAACAAUGGUGAUGGUGCCGAUGAGAGACAAGAGGAGGAUUCACAGCAGCACACAGACGAUAUGGCGGACCGGCAUGGUCUCGUUAGACCAGUAUAUCGUGCUCUAGUCGCGGCGACGAAACGGCUCGCAUCGGAAAUAGAACGGCACAAGACAACCGACGUCUUCUCUCUGUCCGAGGUUUCAUGGCUGCAGGACAACACGCCAGGCGCGUUAAGAGCCAUCAAGCGAGGGAGGGACGCUUCCUUGGCCCUGCUAAGACAGGAAUUUCGAAUGCCGCUUACAGGAGAGCCAGGCUCCGUGCAAGCCCAAGAGGACUGGGGUCAACGUCUGGAUCAAGCCCUUUCGUUGCUUGCUGUGUUGAAUCGACGGCUGGCAGUGCUUCAGACACACUCUGCCUCUGAUCACAGCGACAACCUGAGCCAUGGUGUCCGAGUGGAAGUGCAGAGCAAGUUUCAAGUCAUGGACCAGAUACAUUUCGGCGCUCUGUACCAUUACCGUGUCCGCAUUCGCAAUGAGGGAGUGAAUGAGCCGGUGCAGCUUGUAAGCAGGCAGUGGGUUAUAAAGGACUUCGAUGGGAACAUACAGGAGGUUAUUGGUCCUGGCGUUAUUGGCAAGCAACCCAUCUUGGAUCUUGGCUCGGAAUUUGAGUACAUCAGCUACACUCCCUUGCCGUCAAAGCGAGGCACGAUGCAUGGAAGUUUUCUUAUGCUUGCAUGCAACUCCAACCGGCUAUUCGAUGUGCAAGUGGGACCCUUUGGGCUCAUUCCUCCUCCACGUCCCCACAACGCCUUGGGCGUUGUGCAAGGCCAAUCUGUAACAGAGUAG